AUGGUGCGGCAGCAGGUCCUGCAGUCGCUGCGGCGGACACAGCGUUUGGCACAGCUCAAUGGCAGUCGGACAUUCAGCAGCAGCGCGAGAAGGGCAGCGGAGGUCGAGCUCACGGUUGAUGGCAAAAAAGUGUCCAUCGAAGCCGGGUCCGCGCUCAUCCAGGCGUGCGAAAAGGCAGGAGCGACCAUCCCCCGCUACUGCUACCACGAGAAACUCAUGAUCGCCGGCAACUGCAGAAUGUGUCUAGUCGAGGUGGAGCGGGCGCCGAAACCCGUGGCGUCGUGCGCGUGGCCGGUGCAGCCGGGCAUGGUGGUCAAGACGGAUAGUCCUUUGGCACACAAGGCGAGGGAAGGCGUGAUGGAGUUCUUGCUCGCUAAUCAUCCGCUUGAUUGCCCCAUUUGUGAUCAGGGUGGCGAGUGUGAUUUGCAGGAUCAGAGUAUGCGGUAUGGUUCCGAUCGAGGACGCUUUCAUGAGACGGUGGGGAAGAGGGCGGUCGAGGAUAAGAAUAUUGGCCCAUUGGUUAAGACAUCCAUGAACCGCUGCAUCCACUGCACACGAUGCAUUCGUUUCGCCAACGAUGUGGCUGGUGCUCCUGAACUAGGCUCGACUGGACGUGGCAACGACAUCCAAAUCGGCACAUACCUCGAGACUGCUCUCGACACCGAACUUUCUGGCAAUGUCAUCGAUCUCUGCCCUGUUGGUGCUCUCACAUCAAAGCCUUACGCCUUCCGAGCACGACCAUGGGAACUCAACCACACCGAAUCUAUUGACGUGCUUGACGGCCUUGGCAGCAACAUCCGCAUCGAUGCUCGAGGUCUACAGGUCAUGCGCAUCUUGCCACGACUGAACGACGACAUCAACGAGGAAUGGAUCAACGAUAAGUCCCGAUUUGCAUGCGACGGCUUGAGCACACAACGCCUCACCACACCACUGAUCCGACGAGACAACCAGUUCCAGCCUGCAACUUGGGAGCAAGCACUUGUAGAGGUCAGCGAGAAAUUCAAGGCGCUCGCACCCAAGGGUGAUGAGGUCAAAUUUGUUGCUGGCCAAUUGGUUGAAGUUGAAACCCUUGUCGCCGCAAAGGACUUGGCCAACAAGCUCGGCUCAGAGAAUUUCGCUCUCGAUCAACCUCAGGGUUCAGCACCCCUCGCUCACGGUCUCGACGUCCGCUCAAACUACGCUUUCAACUCAAAGAUCACUGGCGUAGAAGAAGCCGAUCGCAUCCUCCUCAUUGGCACGAACCCUCGCUGGGAAGCCGCCUUACUCAACGCCCGUAUCCGUAAACAAUGGAUGCGGUCCGACCUUGAAGUCGGCGUGGUGGGAGAGGACUUCGAAUCGAUCUUCGACUACCGCAAACUCGGCGCCAAUGCUAGUGACUUGAAAUCUGUGCUUUCCGGAGAUUUCGGCAAGGAGCUGAUGAAUGCUGAGAGGCCGAUGAUCAUCGUUGGCUCUGGCGCCGUAGAGCACGAAGACGCCAAAGCUAUCUUCGAGACUAUCGGUGGCUUCGUGGACAAGAACAAAUCUAAAUUCAUCCAACAAGAAUGGAACGGCUACAACGUCCUCCAACGCGCCGCUUCGAGAACAGGAGCGUACGAAAUUGGCUGGUCCGUCCACAACCCAGAGACCGCAAAGCAAACCCCCAAAAUCAUCUGGCUCCUCGGCGCCGACGAAAUUUCCCAAGAAGACAUCCCCAAAGACGCGUUCGUGAUCUACCAGGGACACCACGGUGAUCGCGGCGCCCAGCUCGCCGACGUCGUCCUCCCUGGUGCAGCCUACACAGAGAAACACGGUACCUGGGUCAACACCGAAGGCCGUGUGCAGAUGGGACGCGCCGCUACUAGUAUCUACGGCGCGGCGCGCGAGGACUGGAAAAUCAUCCGCGCCGUCUCCGAGGCGCUGGGGAAACCAUUACCGUAUGAUGAUAUCGAGACCCUCCGGGAUCGCGCGGCGGAGAUUUCGCCUGCGCUCCGAUCCUACGAUAUUAUCGAACCCGCCUCCCACGCUGUGCAGCAGUUGAGUCGGGUGCAGUUGGUUGAGCAGAAUAAGGGGUCUAAGAUCGGGGGUACGGCUUUCAAGCCCGUGGUUGAGAAUUUCUUUUUCACGGAUUCGAUUUCGAGGAGUAGUCCGACGAUGGCGAGGUGUUCGGCUGCGAAGGCUGCUAAGAACCCGUCGAUGAACUUUCUGGCGCCGGGUGAGCCGGAGGGGCAGGUGUUUUAUGGGCCGCAGGAUGGGGCGGCGAGGGAGUUGGCUAGUGCGUAA